ACUCGUCAUGUAUUCCUAUAUUCUUUGUUUGUGUUUAUCAGUAAUAACAGUCCAUGGAGCCGCAUCGCCUGAAAUUCAGAAAUUAGUAUACGAAGGCUUUAGGCACGACCCAAAAGAACACGGUUUCAUGGUGUUGAUAGGAAAAUUUUGGUCUAAUCAUACAGAUCAAUUUAAAGAUUCAUGUACCGGCUCAAUCAUAGAUAAAGAAUGGAUUAUUACCGCUGCACAUUGUUUUUUGAAGGACGUCACAGAUGUACCAAUAAUCCAGAGGAUUAAAGGUAAGCAGCGACUUAUUGGGUACGUUCGGCAAAGAGACAUUAUUAUGCACCCUAACUACCUCCCGAAUGAGCCGUGGCAGUAUGAUUUGGCGCUUCUGAGGACAGAGAAGCCAAUCCCGUUCGAUGAGUACGCAAGCCCAAUACCGCUGGCAUGGUCUCGAGGACCGGGACAAGAAGGAUUGUUUGGUGGUUACGGAGAAUCGGAGUUCGGGUCCGGAACACCUUUGAUUGGAGAAGCUGUGUUGGAAGAAACGUGUUUAGCUCCGUUUGCCAGAACUCCAAGGCAAUUUUUGUGCUCCCGAUCUACGGAAUCAAUAACGGCACAUGGGGACUCGGGAGGUCCCGUAUUCACUCGAGACGGACUCGUAGGGGUGAUAUUGGGAGUGGAAGAGUCACUACAUGAAUCAGUUUUUCUAGACAUUUCUCAAAAAUUUAACUGGAUUGAACAAGUUACGGGUAUUUACCCGCAACGUCGUAUGGCUGUGUAGCCAGGUUAUCUUAACCAUUAAUAAAUUAACUGUGAAAAUGUC